UAUUUUACGGACCUUCCUCUUCCGUGACUGAGUUGAUGGAUACGGCAAAAAGCGACUGACAUCCGAAGAAUUUUCAUGCAAAUUGAUUGGCUUGCCGGCCGAAAUAACGUAUUCUGAUUGGUUUACAAAAAACUGACGACUUUGACCCAUAUUUACGGUAUUCGAAGUGUGAUUCAGCCUGUAUUUUCUUAUAAUAAUUAAAGCUUUCAUAAACCGAUACCGUGUAAUUAAAAUUUCGGACCAAACGAAAGCAAUUAGGUGAGCUUUUUCGGACCAAAUGAAAGCAAUCAAAGGCUUUUCGGACCAAAUGAAAGCAAUCAAAGGCUUUUCGGACCAAAUGAAAGCAUGCAGGACUUUAUAAUGGGUGAUCAGGGCGUAUUGUUUCUCUUUUCGAGAAAGCAUGGCGACUUACGACAUGUUUGACCGAAUACGUGCUGAAAUGAGAAGUAAUAAUUUUUUGUAUAUGCAAGAAAUCUAUGAGAAAUCAUUAAAAAAAAUCAAAUCUUUGUGUCACAAAGAUCUUUACCAAAGCUUAAACGAUGGAACAAUAUCUCGAAAUUUUAAUGCAGAGGUUUAUUUUCCAAAGUUAUUGUGGAGGAAAGACCCAGGGAGUUCUGCAAUUGCUUUGUGUUCUGAAGCCACUGGGAAUUGUUUGUUCAGCUCCAUGUCCCUGCUUCUUGUUGGCGACAACACACUGGUUGACGAGCUGCGACAUUUAACUUCGUUAGAACUUUUUCUUCACCCUGAGGUAUAUAGUAAGCAUCCUGUUUUAGUUUCUUGCUAUGAAAAACAUCAAGGUAAGUCAUUUAAAUCUUUUAAUUGUAUUUUACAUAUGAGCAUGUCUUUUUCUGCAACUGAAACUGGUGUAACACCAAUAGACUUUGUGAGAAAUGAAGCUGUUUUGAACUGUACUAACCAGACUUGGUGUAGUUUGCUGUGCAUGUUUGCUUUGUCUACGGUAACAUCAAAAAACAUCUUUUCCUAUUUCCCUGACUGUGGUGAUGAGAGAGAUAAACUUUUAUUUAACUGCAAAAUUGAACCCAUGUUUACAUCAUUAAACGAUAAAGUUACUGAUGCUCAUAUUUUGUUUUGUCUGCAAGGUGUUCAUGCAGAAUGUGGUCAGACUUUUAAAGCCAACCAUUUUGUGCCAGUAUUAUUUCUUCCUAAUGGUACCAAAAGGAAACUAAUUCAACAUUCCAAAAAAAUCUUGCCGCAGUCUAAAAAACCCUGUUUGUUCCCAAAAGAUGGGAAGGUACAAUCAAAGUUGUCGUUUUGGACAGACCAGCGCAGCGACAAACUUAUUUUGCCUACUUGUAAGAAAAAAGACUUACCCCAAAUAAAAGAGGAGCACAAAACUGUUGUUGAUGUUUCUUCUAUGCCUCCUUUUGCUGGUAGUAGUAAAGUUAAUUCAGAUACUGUUGUUUGUGAUAGUGCAUUGUCCAAUGCACCAGACACAACUACUAGUCAUCCUCUGUGUUCAUCUUUAAACUAUCCUCAAACUUAUUUUGAUGUCUCAGAUUACACAGAUAAAGUUUUUCAAAUAAAGGAUGAUCCAUUAAAAGUUCAUGAACUUAUCCAAAAUGUUUAUAAACCUGAUCAUUCUUAUAAAUUUCCGAAAACAAAUAGGUCUUUUCGUUUUGAGUGGUUAACAAAGUUUUCCUGGUUAUGUUAUUCACCCAAGGUUGAUGGAGCUUAUUGUCUGCCAUGUGUUUUGUUUGGACACAAGUUUUCUUCCAAAUUAAGUAAAAUUAAAAAACUGUUUUCUGAACCUUUUAAGUACUGGCCUGAUGCUUGUGCCAACUUUGUGAAACAUGAGUCAAGUACUGGCCUUCAUGCUUACACAUCUGCUACGUUUACUAGUUUUAUGGCUAACUAUUUUGGUAAUUCUCAGCCGAUUGAUGUGCUUCUUGAUACUAACCAUCAGAAGAAAAUUACUGAGAACAGAAAGAAAUUGAUACCAAUUGUUCAGGCCAUUAUUUACUUUGGUAGACAAGGGCAUGCUUUAAGAGGUCACCGUGAUGACUCACAAUAUCAUGGUGAAUUAGGAGAAUUUUCUGGUGGUCGGGUAGGAAAUUUUGUUGAACUUUUGAAUUUUAGAGUACAAGGUGGAGAUACAGCUCUUGCUGACCAUCUUAAAACUUGUCCCAAAAAUGCUACAUACAUUUCUAAAACUACCCAGAAUGAAUUAAUCAACUGUUGUGGAUCUGUAAUUUUGGAUGAAAUAAUCCAAGAAGUAAAAUCAAACACUUUCUUUUCUAUUCUGGCAGAUGAAGCUGCUGAUUUAUCUAAUAAAGAGCAAAUGUCCUUAGUUUUACGUUUUGUUGACAGUAAUUUGAAUAUACGUGAGGAGUUUGUUCAAUAUAUUCAUUGUGAUGAAGGGCUGGCAGGUAAAGACUUGAAGUCUGUUCUCUUAAAGUCACUUCAUAACCUGACUUUAAAUAUUAAGGACUGUCGGGGUCAAGCAUAUGAUGGUGCAGGUGCUGUUGCUGGGUAUAAGAAUGGACUUUCUGCCCAUAUUCUUAAUUUAAAUAAAAAGGCUAUAUAUGUUCAUUGCAACAGUCAUCGUUUAAAUUUAGCAGUUGGAAAAUCUUGUACAAUCAGCUUAGUUGCCCAUGUGAUGGCUAAAAUAAAACACAUUUCCUAUUUCUUUAACUAUUCUCAAAAAAGACAGCAAUCCCUUAUGAUUAACAUAGAUAAAUAUAGUCCGACUUCUAAAAAAACUAAAUUAAAGGAUGUUUGCCGUACUCGGUGGGUUGAACGAAUUACUGGUUUAGAUCUCUUUCAAGAGUUAUAUGUGCCUAUUUAUGUUACUUUGGAAGAGAUGAAAUUAAACUUAAAUCGACAGUUCAGAUGUUGAUAAAGUUUUAAAUAAAUUUGCUAAAGAUAAAAGAAGACUUGAAUUAAUAUAAAUUUUUCCACUAUACAAUCUAGAACAAAUUAAUGAAUAAAUAAAUAAAUAAUUAAAUCUUACCCACUCCUAAUUGAAAAAAAUAGUAACCAUUUAUAUAAAAUAA